AAAACCUUAUCAUCCCCAACCCCAACACAACACAACACAUUCGUAUAAUAUCAACCCACCAACAGCUUGUACAUUGUGCUUAAUAAUCAGUACAUUUUGAGCAUCAAGAAACACAAUCUUUAGCUUAACCCAUGGCUCUUCAAGCUUCUCUUCUUCCUUCUGCAAUCACUGUUCACAAAGAGGGGAAUGGAGCUUUUGUUUUGAAAAAUGUUAAAUCUGAUUUCAGCCCACUUUUGAUUGGAACAAAGGAGCUUAAAAGGAAGCCAUUGAUGGGACCAAUUCGUGCACAAACAGCAACCGUAGCUCCAUCGGUUAAGGAAGCCACACCAGACGGCAAGAAAACACUGAGGAAGGGCAAUGUGAUCAUAACUGGAGCCUCAUCGGGUCUCGGUCUAGCCACAGCCAAGGCUUUGGCCGACACAGGAAAGUGGCACAUAAUCAUGGCUUGUAGAAACUUCCUGAAAGCAGAAAAGGCUGCUAAAUCGGUUGGCAUAACUAAAGAGAACUAUACUGUUAUGCACCUUGAUCUUUCGUCUCUCGAAAGUGUUCGACAGUUUGUGGACACGUUUAGGCGGUCUGGGCGACCGCUUGAUGCGCUUGUGAACAAUGCCGCGAUCUAUUUGCCUACGGCUAAAGAGCCUACUUAUACUGCAGAAGGAUUUGAACUUAGUGUUGGGACUAAUCAUCUUGGUCACUUUCUACUAUCAAGGUUGCUAAUUGAGGACCUCAAGAAGUCGGAUUACUCACAAAAACGACUCAUCAUUGUUGGCUCCAUCACAGGAAACACAAACACGUUGGCUGGAAACGUGCCACCGAAGGCUAACUUGGGGGACCUGAGAGGGCUAGCCGGGGGUUUAAACGGGCUAAACAGUUCUGCCAUGAUUGACGGAGGAGAGUUCGACGGUGCUAAGGCCUACAAAGACAGCAAAGUAUGCAAUAUGCUGACAAUGCAAGAGUUCCAUAAACGGUACCAUGAUGAAACUGGAAUUACCUUUUCGUCCCUGUACCCCGGUUGCAUUGCUACAACUGGCCUUUUCAGGGAGCACGUUCCGUUGUUUCGUAUUCUAUUCCCGCCAUUCCAGAAGUACAUCACCAAAGGUUAUGUGUCGGAAGAGGAAGCCGGAAAACGACUAGCACAGGUAGUAAGCGAUUCGAGCUUAACGAAAUCGGGUGUGUACUGGAGCUGGAACAACAACUCGGCUUCAUUUGAAAACCAGCUUUCCCAAGAAGCAAGUGAUGCGGAGAAAGCUCGGAAGUUGUGGGAGGUCAGUGAGAAGCUUGUUGGUUUGGCUUAGUUAAAGUCAAGAAUAAAUUUAGUCAAAGUCAAAGUCAAGAAUAGUCAAAUUGGGUGGUAUGGAUGUGUUUGUUGUGUUGUAUAGUACAAUAUAACGAUGCAUUCUUGAAUUUUCAAUAUCUUUUAAGCUUGUGAUCACUUUCCGAA